AUGUCUGCCACAGGGGAUCGAGACCCGAUCCAAGAGGACCAGGAGGCCCCAGUGAGCCAGGAGGGAGCGCAGGCCGAGCCCGGAGGUGACCGGGAGGGCGGUGACUCUGGCCCCGACAGUGGCAACACGGUGCCCGCGGCCGAGGUGGCCGGAGUCGCAGGGCCCAUGAGAGGCCUCGGGGAGGAGGAGGGUGGGCAGGCGGCAGGCUUGGCCGCAGCCCCCGGGAGCAGGAACGCCGAGGAAGACUGGGAGAUCAGGAUAGUAGAAGAGGAGGAGGAGGAGGAAGAGAGGAACGAGGCAGACAACAUCAACUUGGUCGCGGCCGCCCAUCGCUACCCCAUAAUAGGCUUUCGCGUGGAGUUUCUGGACAUGGUCCACUCCCUUCUCCGCCGCAUCUAUCUCAACGACCACAUCCUGAUCCGGAUGCGUGGCAGCCACCUGAUGCGGAGGCGCCGCACUACGGCACCCAGUAGCUCAGAUGCGGCGUCCAGUGGCUCCGAUGAGCCCCGGCUGUUGCUGGUGCCUGAGAGGCUGGGCGCGGGGGACGCGGGCCCUGAGGGCGAGGGCCUGGGCCUGCUCCAGGAGGCCGCGUCGGCCCCAGAGCCUGAGGUGCCAGCAGACCCGGCCGAGAUGGCCAGGGAGCCUGCAGAAGAGCCCGCAGAGAAGGCAUCAGAGAAGCCUACAGAGGAGGCCGCAGAGGAGGAGCUUGCAGAGGAGGCCGCAGAGGAGCCGCCCGCAGAGGAACCGGCCGCAGAGGAACCAGCCACAGAGGAGGCUGCUGCCCCCGAGGAAGUCACUAAAUAUCAGCAUGAAAAGUGGGAUGAAGAGGCCCAAGAUGCUGCAGGCGAGGAAGAGAAAGAAGAGAAAGAGAAGGAUGCAGAAAACAAGGCGAAGAACUCCAAAGGGACCCUAGAUACAGCAGAGGAGAAGCUGAGAAAAUCCAGCUGCAAGACUACUAACAAGUGGCAAAUGUAUCAGACCUACUACCUAAGACCAAUAUUUGUGUAG